GAGCGUGGCAGUGUCAGGACAGCAAGACUCCAAGACAAGAAACUAAGUUAAAGAAAAAUUUUCUCGAAACAAAUUACGUUCAGCAUACGAUACUCAAAAAUGGCACUCGGCAGCAUCACCAGCAACAGUCAACAUCCCUACCAAAGACCACAAACGCUGUGCGGCACAACACGCAACAUGUAUCAGCCACAGCCGCGUGCCAUCGCACCUGCACCACACACACCGCCAACCGCAACGAAACCCACAGACGAUAAAUGUUAUCAGCGCACCACGCUCGACUCCAACAAUCCCUCGGUAGUGCGCCGCAACGCACGCGCUAAUCGCGUCAAACAAGUGAACAACGGUUUCUCGCAUCUGCGCCAACACAUACCGCCUGCGAUCAUUGCCGAUCUGAGUAACGGUCGCCGUGGCAUUGGACCCGGUGCACACAAGAAACUCUCCAAAGUCGAUACGCUACGCAUGGCUGUGGAAUAUAUACGUCGGCUGCAGCGCGUUAUCGACGAAGUGGACGGCAAGCGUGCGACUGUGUGUGCACCAGCCCAGCCACAAACACGAGUUGGUCCAAUAUGCCAGCAGCGCGCACAAUUCACCACCACCGACGCCACCAAGAGUAAUAUGCAGGCAACGAUAUUCGCUGAUAUACAACAACACUACCAAACACACAGCUAUGCCGAUAACUUGCAACAUCAGCCACAAACACACCAACAACUCAUUAACCUCAAGUAUCAACAAUCGCUAAUGCCGCAACAGUAUUCCAACAGCAUCCGGCUUUGUAUCACCAGCUGGCUCGGUUAGUUCGAGCAUCGCAGCGACUACAACAACUCUGAUGCCUUAUACUACACAUUCACCAACUGCCUUGCGAGUCCAACGCAAUUUUCGCUGCCUCUGCAAAUGAAAUACGAGCAGCAGUACAGUGAGGAGGCCGCGGCGUGUAGCUCGGGCGGAGAGGAUCUGCUCGACUACAUCUCGCUGUGGCAGGAUGAAGUGUAA